AUGGCGGGUUUCGGCACCGUAGAGAAGAAUAUGGUGGCAAGCUCAAAGUUUGCCACCUUGAUGGGAAAAUACUACGAAAGAAUCUUUGUUGUCUUCAGAUUGUUUCUAACACUUUCGAUGGCAAAGGGAAGCACGACGGAUUCUGUUGGAGAUAUUGAAUGCGAUACAAAUACGAUUGGAUGUUCGGAAAUGUGCCACAACUAUUUUUUCCCAUUUGCGCUUGCUCGAUACUGGCAAUUGCAAGUUUUCUGCGUUGGAUUGCCUACGAUUAUGUUCAUGGCGUACAAGGCAAAGGUUGACAUCAGCAUCGCCGCAUAUUUGAAGGAACAAAAAGCACUGCGGGAGAAAAACGAUGUCGAAGAGGAUGAAAUUGAUAAACUUGAGCGAGAAUUCGCAGAAGGCCACACGAAAUUCAGAAGUCUUCAGUCUCAUGUCCCCCCAAAACUCUUUCUCUGGUAUUAUUUCACCACUUGGGCCCGAAUGAUCAUCGACAUCGUUUUCACCGUCUUCCAAUACCGAAUCUACGUCUUCAAAUUUUUGAUGCCAGCCAAGUUCUACUGCGAGGAGUACCCCUGCCGAGGAGGAUUGUCCGACAUGGAUGAUGACAUCUACACCACUUGCUUUAUUGCUGACCAUAUUCAGCGGUCGAUCUACAUUAACAUUCACUUUUUCUUUGUUUGCGUGACGAUCUUGCUCUCACUCAUGGACAUUUACAGUAUUGGAACUGAGCCUGUCCUUGAAGCAUGGUACAACCGAAGCUACAAUCCUAUCAAGAAAAACAAAGGGCCCGUCUUCUUCGAUCCCUCUGGCAAAAACGCCGACGGCUUUGUCGACAUCCGAAACCUUCCCCGACAACCAUCGACCCGAAACGCUGGUGGAUUCGUCCAAAGCUCUGGAAUCACUUACAGAACUUCCGUCAUGCCGCGAACUCAAAGUGUCCUGCGCUCGAGAAGCAGAGCCUAUUGA